UGUCGUGACGUUUAUCCACCACCAGCAGCUGCUUUGCCCCUGCAGCUUAAAACAGCAGUGAUUUUUCUACCCUGAGAUAUCCACUUUGAUUCCAUCCGCAUCUCUCUUUGUCGCUCCUGUCUCUGAUUCUCUGCAUUUGUUCCCGUCCCGCUUGAUUCUUGUGCCUAACAUGCAGAAAAGAAAGAAGCCAGAACCGAUCCAGCUGAACCCGAUUCCUGAUGGGAACACUAUCAACGGAACAGGAGCCUCAGAAACAAACUUGGAGGCUUUGCAGAAAAAGCUGGAGGAGCUUGAGUUGGACGAGCAGCAACGAAAACGCCUGGAGGCCUUCCUGACACAGAAGCAGAAAGUGGGAGAGCUGAAGGAUGAUGACUUUGAGAAGAUCUGCGAGCUUGGCGCAGGCAACGGAGGCGUCGUUUUUAAGGUCUCACAUCGACCAUCCGGUCUGAUUAUGGCCAGGAAGCUGAUCCACCUGGAAAUUAAGCCAGCCAUCAGGAACCAGAUUAUCCGGGAGCUGCAGGUUCUACAUGAGUGUAACUCUCCGUACAUAGUGGGCUUCUAUGGUGCUUUUUACAGUGAUGGAGAAAUCAGCAUCUGCAUGGAGCACAUGGAUGGUGGGUCUCUAGACCAGUCACUGAAGAAAGCAGGCAAAAUCCCAGAGGAGAUUCUUGGCAAAGUCAGCAUUGCUGUCAUUAAAGGUCUUUCUUACCUGCGUGAGAAGCACAAGAUCAUGCAUAGAGAUGUCAAGCCUUCUAACAUCCUGGUGAAUUCCCGCGGUGAGAUCAAGCUGUGUGACUUUGGAGUGAGCGGACAGCUCAUAGACUCCAUGGCCAACUCCUUUGUGGGAACUCGCUCUUACAUGUCGCCAGAGCGUCUGCAGGGAACACAUUACUCUGUUCAGUCAGACAUCUGGAGUAUGGGUCUGUCUUUGGUGGAAAUGGCCAUCGGACGCUUCCCUAUCCCCCCACCUGAUUCCAAGGAACUGGAGCAGAUCUUUGGAUUUCCAGUGGAAGGGGAGGCAGCCUCCAGCGAGUCCCCAAAACCGUGCCCCCCUGGACGUACGGGCAGCUCGUACGGACCAAACAGCAGACCACCAAUGGCUAUAUUUGAGCUACUCGAUUACAUAGUUAAUGAGCCCCCACCAAAGCUCCCUGCAAUAUUCAGCGCUGAAUUCCAGGAGUUUGUGAAUAAGUGUCUGAUUAAGAAUCCUGCGGAGAGAGCAGACUUAAAGCAGCUGAUGGUGCAUCCUUUUAUCAAACAAUCCGAGGCAGAAGAGGUGGACUUUGCCGGCUGGCUCUGCAGCACCAUUGGACUCAGUCAGCCUGCGACACCCACCCAUAGCACCAGCAUGUGAGACUGUCGAUUGCAAAGCCAUAACCAGACCAAUCAAAAAGACUGGUUGCUUUUUAUUAUUUCUAAGUGUUUCCAAAGUAAGCAAUGUGUUAUUCUUACAGGUGCCUCUCAAUAAAUUCAGAAAUUAUGAAAAGUUAAUUUCCAUUAUUUAAGUCAUGAAGUGAAACUCGGGAAUCAUUACAUAGAGGAACAUGUUUAAACACUUGAUUCUGAUGUUUAUGGAUUACAGCUGAUAAAAACCCAAAAUUAUGUUCAUCAAAAAACUGAAUAUAAGAGCAUGUCUUAUAUUCAGAAUGUAUGAAAAUCUGAGCUUUUUGUACAAAUUAUGUGGCUCUACAGAGGUGUUUAAUGAAUCCAGGUUGCUUUAAUAACGACUUUCAGAUCAUUUGCUUUGCUUGGUUUGUUUGCUGAUUAAACACAGUGAGACAUGGUCAUUAAUGCAAAUAUCAGUCCUGCUUUUAAGAAGCUCAUCAGCAGAAGGAAUCAUGAAGUUGUUCUGAAAUGUUCCUGGUUGAUGGCUCAGAUGACCUUGGACCAAUUCCAGUUGACCUGUAGAGCUCCAGUAGAGCAGCUGCUUUCUGUUCUACUUCUAGGCUUUCCAAUGCAAGUAAAAAUAUAUAAUUUUCAGGGCCAUAGAGUUGCUAAGGUAGGACCAAUUAGACUGCUGGAAUUGAAGCUGCUUCUCCCGACUGAAAUGCAAACUUUACUUCCCUCUAAAAUCAUUUGAAUCAGGUCCUUUCCUUCUUAUUCCAACUGUGUGGAGGCUUGUGACUCCAGCUGCAGUUCACACCUUGUGAAUCUCCCACAAGCCCUUCACUUCCUUUCAUUUCACUUUUAAUGAAUGUGCUUCGAACUGGCACUUUGAAUAGCUGGUAGUUUUAGAAAUUCAGUCCCUUUAUAGUCCAAUAUGCUUUAUUUUCCACACAACUAAAAUAUAUCAUGUAUAAUGAAUCAAGUUUCACUUUAAUUGCUGAAAUAAGCAUUCAGUUUUGAGAUGCACCUGUAUAUCAACUGUACAAACUUAAAAUAAAUUGUGUACUUGACAGCUGUUAAGGUCACCUUAAGAGACCUGAUUGAAAAGCCAUCUUUUUGUAACACAGCCAUGUAAAAAUUCUGCUGCUAAACCUCAGUGUUUGACAUUCCUCCUCAAUCAUAUACAACGCAACAUUUCUGCCAGAGUAAUGUGCCCAAUUGGUAUGAUUAAGCCUUUUUAUCAAAAGCAAUGUUUCAAGGUCUAAAGUCAGUCACUCUAGGGUUAAAGGGUCACAUCCUACUUCUGUAUGCAUAGACAAUCAUUUCCCAGACAAAGUCAUGAAAUAAUCUUGGCCAACCUGUUUAUUUUUAAAACUCUUAAUGCUGAUGCCCUGAUUUAUUGUGCAACCCUUGCUCUUCAUCCACUCAACAUGGCUUUUGUGAUAUUUACCUUGUGAAUUAAAAAGUUUAAAUAAAACUUCUGACUCAUA